UGAUCACAGAGCCGAGGCGAAGGGCGAAUAGUUUUCAGGGGGCGGGAGCAGAGCCUUGAACAGGAUUGGCUGGACGCGGGUGGGGGUGGGACGGCUGACGCGAUUGGUCGGAGCGGCAAGAUGGCAGCAAUCCGCUCGGUGAAGGGGAUGGUGGCCCUGGUGACAGGUGGAGCCUCGGGGCUUGGCCGAGCCACCGCGGAGCGCCUGGUGGGCCAGGGAGCGAGCGCCGUGAUCGUCGACCUGCCUUCGUCCCGCGGUUCUGAGGUGGCGAAGGCGCUGGGGGAGAGGUGCGCCUUCGCACCCGCCGACGUCACCUCCGAGACGGACAUCAAGGCUGCCGUGGCCCUGGCGAAGGAGCGGUUCGGGCGGCUGGACAUCAAUGUCAACUGUGCCGGCGUCGCGAUUGCUGUCAAGACCUACAACUUCAAGAAGGAGCUGGCUCACGGCCUGGAGGACUUCCACAGGGUGGUCAAUGUGAACGUCUGCGGGACCUUCAACGUGCUGCGGCUGGCCGCGGCGGAGAUGGGCAAGAACGAGCCGGACGCAGAUGGCUGCAGGGGAGUGAUCGUCAACACCGCCAGCGUGGCCGCUUACGAAGGGCAGGUGGGCCAGGUGGCCUACGCUGCAUCGAAGGGCGGCAUCGUGUCCAUGACGCUCCCCGUCGCUCGAGACCUCGCCUUUCAGGGAAUCCGGGUGGUCACCAUUGCCCCAGGCCUGUUCUCCACGCCUCUGCUGGAGGGCCUCCCGGAGAAGGUCCGUGCCUUCCUGAGCCAGCAGAUUCCCUUCCCCAGUCGGCUGGGCCAGCCCGAGGAGUACGCCCACCUGGUGCAGGCCAUCGUGGAGAACCCCAUGCUCAACGGCGAGGUCAUCCGCCUGGACGGUGCCAUCCGGAUGCAGCCUUAGGGAGCGAGGGGGCAACCCCCACCGUCGAUCCUGGUGCAUUCUGUUCGCCUGCCCGAUCAGGAUACUGGGCACUCUUCCAGGAAGCAAAUGUUUAUCUGAAGUUUGCCAGAUUGAAUCGGAAUGAUGGUGUACGAACACUACUGAUAAAGCAAUCUGGGACAAUACAGGAUCCAUUUUGUUACUACAAGUAAAGUACAUGUCCACA